AUCGUGACUUCCAAUUUUCAUGCUCCAGAACCUCGACCUGCUAGGCGAUGCGACUAACACUUCUGUAUUGAGCUCAUUGAGCUGACAGCCAUGGAUGCUUUUCGUCUGACGAAUCUGACUCACUCAGAAGUUGCGCAGUCUCUUCCUCUACCGUCAAUAGCGUCGCUUCAAGACGUCAACGGGUCGUCACUUUUGCGAGGUGACCAAGUCGCAGCGAGGCUAGCCGGAUCACUGAAUGGAUUGACAGGAGCUGACAUAGAUAGGAUCGGACAUUUGGUACAGGGAGCUGACGUCUCUUACCUAUCGUUGGUGGGUCCUUGCGAGAGGAGGUUAUCAGAAAGUGGAACCAUGGCUGGAGCCACCGCACUUUUGAUCAAUGCUGUUGAGCAACGUUGUCCUGGGGUUUUCGAAGUGGCAUCUUCAGCUGGGCCAGCUGAUCGAACUCCUGCACAAGUUGCCUUACACGAAGGAUUUCAGCAGCUCGUGCAAAAACCGUCGCAGCCUCCAGAAGAAGCACUGCACGGAUCCCACCUUCUAAAUGAGGCGACUCGAAAGGUAGAUGUGCAUCUAAAUGGAGAUAGCACACCUUUGAAGCUAUCAGAUCAGUUUUCUCCAUCCUCAAAGCUUAAAAAGCGACGCACAAGCCUUCAUCAGGGGCUUCGUCCAGGCUUCCAUGACGGCGGUCAUGAGGAGACUGUGGGAGGUUUGUCUAAAGCAUUGGAGGAUCUUCUCGACGGCUUCGAUUCUUCGAAUGGCGACCAGAAUGGGAGGCAGAUGGUUUGGAAGGCUAUGUCUGCAUGGCAAGAGACUGCACGGAAGUGGAGGGAGAAGAAGCUGUUGUGUUUUCUGCCAGUCGAUUUGCUAUCUCGGUUUCUUCAAGUACUGGAAGCUCAGAUUGAUUUUGGCAAGUCUUCUGAUUUGAAGGACGAGGACAAUGUGACGUCUGAAGCUUUUGAAAGCGCCAUGAUUUCUCUGGAGGCUGUGCAUCUAUCUCUCCUUAUCAUGACAUCACGUGGGAUGCCAAAGCAAGUAUUUCAGGAGGAAGUGAUUGAGAAAAUUGUUGAGUGCAUCCGAUUCCACAUGUCACGAAAUGUUUUUUGUGCGUGUGAUGCUGUCUACCGUCAAGCACAUGCUGAUGACGAGGAAGCUGCAGCUGGUCCAGAUGGUGCCACAGAACCAUCAAAAGCUGAGCGCAAAGGACGAAGAAAGUCGAAAGUCUUUGAUGGCAGGGCUUUCAAGGCGAUUUCAGCUUUGAUGGACAAGAUUUGCAGUAUUCUUCCGAUUUUCGCGAUGCUUCUGUCAGUGACAAGGCUGCCAGACAGCUCAGUGCUGCAAAUAACCAAGACUGGGCUUGAAGCACUCAGUGUCGACAAUGUGCAUUUGCUUCAACUGAAAUCAAUCUUGCUGAUCACUGCAAUUUUCCGUGUCUAUCCACAUCAUAGGAGCUUGGUGAUGGAUGAGAUUGCUCUAUUGUUGUGGAAGCUGCAUGUGGGAAAGAGGAUUUCAAGGACUUACCACUUGAUGGAGAACAACAGCACCAUCCAACUGGUUUCAGCACUGCUGCUGCAGCUCUUUCAGUGCUGUGUCUUACUUCCUGAGCCAGAGCCUCAAGCAGAGGAAGAGCUUUCCUUGAAAGAGUCAAAAGAUCUUCCAACCAAAAAAGGGAAGAGGGGACGACGGCGGAAUCCCAGCACAGUUGAAGAGAAGGGGGCUCUUAAUGGCGCAGCAACAGACCAGAUACGCGAUUUGGCCAGCAUGAAUGGAGAGCAGAAUGGUAAACUCGGCGAUGAGGAUGGAAAGAGCUGUCAGGAGAAAAGUUUCUCUGACACUGGGCUGGAGUCUGCAAUCGAUGCAGUCAGAUACUUCUGGAAGGUUGCAUUGGAGCGCUGGUCAGCUCCAAAAGCUGGUUCUGAAGGAGUGGACUCUAAAGCAGUGAUUGAAGCCUUGGUUGAAGACCUGCUACUGGCUCUUCAUCUUCCAGAGUAUCCUGCAGCCAGCCUCAUGCUCCAAGUUCUAUGUGUUUUUCUGGACACAACCUGUGGCCUGAAGUCUGACAGCUCAGCGGUUAAAGGCAUGGCGAUCGACAUCCUGGGUAUCAUUGCUUCAAAGCUCAAAACGGACCAAAGAUCCAUUGAAAAUGAGAUGGUUCCUCUUGUGAAUGGACUUUGCAAGCCAUUGGGAGAUGAUUCUUCUGCAGUCUGCCCUGUUGACUGCAAAGAGGAGCAGGCUGAUGGCACUGACGCCAGUGUCCCUGGAAACGUGAAGGAGGAGCCAUCUGAUUUGUUAAAUGGAACAGCAAUUGUCCCUACAGGGUGUGUGGUCUGCACUGUUGCAGGAGGUCCAGCUCGCCGUCCCAAUGCCCUGACUUCCUGUUCGGCAUGCUCCAGCUCUUUCCAUGCUGACUGCAUGGGUGUGAGUGAGGGCGAUGGAGGGCCUGCGUGUCUUGGAAGUGAGGUGACGUGUGUUCCAUGCCUUGUCAAGCAGCGUCUGGAAAGGGCCAUUGGAGGAGAUAGCAAGGGAACGGGAGCUGCAGUGACGAAUUUUAUGGUCUUGGAGCAGAUGGUUCUGGACUACAUUGCAGCCAGCAUGAAACGGAAUCGAGUGUGUGCGGAUGCUGGAAGCUUCUGGAUUGCAACGUGGCUGAAGGAUUCCACCCCACAAUCGGAUGCAGCGCUGCAAAGCCCCGUGAACAGAUUAUACAGAGCUCGUUACCAGAUAUUCAGGCCGCACAUGGAGUCAACUGAAGCCCUUCAAACGGUUGACCCAUCAGUAUCACUGCUUCCAGCAACAACUGCACUUGCUCCUGGUCCGGAUGUGGCAGUUGCACCAAGGGAACUUGUGCUUCGUGUGGUUCGGAGCUUCAACUUGCAGCGAGCAUUUCACCGGAGUUUCUCUGCUGUUUUGACACGGCUUUUGGCUUGUUUGAAGGACAGGCCAACAAAUCGUGCCAAAGCUAUGAAAGCAUUGAGCAUGGUGGUAGAGGUGGACCCAAGCAUCCUUGCUCUGGACAAGGUGCGGAAGGCAGUGGAGGAUCGGUUUCUGGAUGUGUCUGUCUCGGUGAGGGAGGCUGCAAUCGACCUGGUUGGGAAGCACAUCAUUGGGUACCCAGAAGUUGCACUCAAGUACUACAAUACCAUCACUGAACGCAUCCGCGACACUGGUGUGAGUGUGCGGAAGCGAGUAAUUCGUAUCGUUCGGGAGCUCUGCCUGCAACAUCGUGGCUUCCCCCAUGCUGCAGAGGCAUUGGCACGCAUCUUCACCAGAUUCAGUGACGAGGAGGCAAGCGUCCGUGACCUGGUCCUCAAGACUUUUCAUGAUGUCUGGUUUGAGGGAGCCGCUUCAAGCACUGCCUUGGCCAGCACUGAAGGCUCAGCUAUUGGUGGUGCUGGCAUUUGGGGUGCCUCAAGGGCGUCGCAAGAUGAGUCAGAGGAGAAAAAGGUGGCCGCCAUAGCUGGGCAACUUGUGGAGGUCUUGCGGACGCAGAAGUGUCAUCAGACCAUAGUCUCAAUCAUCAGGCGGAGUUUGGAGAUCAGUGAUGAGGCUGCUGACAAGAAGAGUGAAGCGCAGGCUGGAGGUUUAGCUGCAUCAUCUCUCUCGACAACCUCUUUUGCCCCUCUCUCCGCCCAAGUUGGUGGACAGCAGCGGCCCUUUGUGAGGAUGCGCUGCGAAGCCAUUUGCCGGUACCUUCUGGACCAGGUCCUAUUGGCACAAGAGCGGGAAUCGGAUGAGUUUGCAGCACUUCCAUUCGUGAUGGCCCUCCAAGCAUUUUGUGAAGUGGAUGCCACACUCUGCACGCCACCUGUGGAUCCAAGCCGAUUCGCGACCACGCUGCUUCCUUAUCUGACCACAACACAGGAUGACAAGAGCAAUGGUGAUGUCAAGCCACGAGAAAGGGCUGAACGUCAGGCACGACUUGCAUGUUUGUCGGAAUCCAUUGUGCGAGUGAUAGCAGGGAUUCUGGCACAUCUUCGCCGGCCACCAUCAUCUCUUGUCUCUGAAUUGGACCAGGUUCUUGCAUGCCUCAUCAUCAGCAGCAGCUUCAUGAACCUUGUUCAUGUCUGCAUCAGGUGUCUUUGCAUGCUCCAGAAAGUGUCUCCACGACCACUGAAGUCGUUUCAGCUGCUUGUUCCACGCUUCUACCGUGCACUAACUAACCCCAACGAAAGCAAAUUUCAUUGGCGCAGCCUUUUUGCCCUCGGCCUUCUCUGCCGCUACGGUGCUGAUGAGAUUGAAGCCCUAGAACCCCCACUUUCAAUCCCGUCCAUCCUCACUGUUUUCAAGUCCUUCCUGUCAUCUCUUGAAGAAGAGCUUCAGCAGCGUGCCCUCCAGGCAUUAGGUUUCGCAUUCAUCGCACGGCCCCAAGAAAUGGUUAAGGAGGAUGCAGCUGUUAUCUUUGGAAAUGCUCUGCGGCCGGAGGCCCCGAGCAAGCAGAAGGUUCAAGUUUUGAGGAGCUUUCAUGAGUAUCUGACAGAUGUGGAGGAGAAAAUGGUGGAGCAAAAUCGACGAAAGCUGCAAACUGAAGCCGCGGCAAAGAAGGCACUCGAUGCUUCCAGACAUCAUGGUACAGGAGAAUCUCGGGAAGGAGCUGAUGAUGGUGCCGCAGCAGACGGUGGCAGCGGUGCUGCUGGCGGCAGUACUAUUGUUCCCGUGGCUGCAGGUGCCGGGGACACCAAUGUGUGCAGUGGGGUCAUUCAACAACAUUGGGAGGAGAUCUUGCAGUGCUGUAUGGACAUGGACCCAGAUGUUAGACAAGCUGCACUGAAGUUGGUGGAGAUCGUUCUGCAUCAAGGGCUUGUGCUUCCAGUCACAUGCGUUCCUCAGUUGAUAGCUCUUCAAGUUGAUCCUGAUGAGACGACAUGGAAGACGGCACACCACCUUUUAUCACUGAUCAAUGACAGGUGGGGCAACUAUCGUUUCAUCGAGAAUCGAUUUUCUGAUGGCAUGCGUUUGGCCUAUGGCUUCAUGAGGGCUCUCUCUGCUGCUCUAAGUAAUGCUCACCCUAGUCCAGCAAUAAAGACCCCCAAUAAGGCAAAGCCAGACGUUCCAAGCCCAGCAAUACCAUCUGCAGCAGCUCAUGCCGCCAGUGCAAAGCUUCUUGGAAUAGCUCGUGACGGGCUGGGGCGUGUGUACAAGCUGAUUCGGGGCAACCGCAGUGCACGAAACAACAUUUUGCUUUCCAUCAUCAGGAAAUUUGACUAUGUCGAUGCAAGCAGCAGUGGGGGUAACAAAAUGGGCAGCAGCACUCCUUCCAGCAGUCCUGCAAACAGAGUGCAUCAAGAACGGGCCUCAACAUGUGGUGUGGCUCCUGCAGGAGCAUACGACAUCUACUUCCUUGCGUUUUGUUCACAGGUGCUUGCAACCUUUCCGUUCGCUCUUCCUGACGAACCCCUCUUUCUGGUUCAUCACAUCAGUCGUGUGGCCCAUGUGAGAGGUGGCUCUCUUCAUUCAUCCAUCAAGUACCUCUUCCGACCGUCAAGCCCACUUGGUCCUUCUGUCAAGGCAGCCAUGAAGGCAAUUGAAGAGGAGCAAGCGACUCGGUGUGGCAAUGCAUAUCGUAUAACUGAGGAGGAAGAAGAUGAGGAGGAGGCAGGAGGCUCCCAACCUAUUGAGAUUGCCGUGCCCGAAGCAGCAUCUGGCUGUCGGGAGGAUCAACAGGAGCAGCAGGUCUUCCUUGAUGCAGCUCUUCGAAGGCUCAACGACGAUACCCGAGCUGCAAUGGCUAUCUCCUUGCUUCUACAGCUGAAGGGCUGGUUGAAGUCUGCAUACUCUCUCACGGAUGCACGAUGCCUGGCCUACAAUCCCAACGAGUCUCAGCGCAACACCAACAAUGAAGCCCUUGGACAAGGAGCUACACUUGAUCUUUCGCUGCGCAACCUUCCGCUGGACAUCCUGAAUGAUAUGCGCCAGUUUGUCCUGCAAUACCAGGCAUUUAAGAGACUCAUGAAAAGUGAGUCUAUUGGUGACUACACUGGUUUCACUGUUUCUACUCCGAGCAAGCCUCGGGGGGGAAGUAAGGCUGUUUUCUCUGCAAGGCAUGGAGAGCCUAUGGAAGGGGAAGAGGGUGCUGCAGGAAGGGGAGCUGGAGAAGCGCCCUUCAGUGCUCCAGUGCACGGAGUCAAGCGCAAGCGAGGAGCACGACCCCCAAAGCCUGUUCCGGCUACUCCGCAAAAUGGAAGUGGGGAUGAGUGGGAUGCAUCCGCACAAAUGGGCAAGAGAGGGAGGAAAAGUUACGCAAUGAAGGCGCGACGACUUUCUCUGUGAACGAACCACAAGGGUUGAGUUUGUGCUCCAGUAAACUUCACCAAUGAGCUGAUUGCCUACCUAUACGGCGCUGAGAGCUGCUGCUAUAUUUCACUGUACAUAGUUUCUUCUACAGUAUUUGCCUUGUACAUUUGGCAAUCUGGCAGUUGUGUUGUAGUUGCUCUGGCCUACAUGUUCUUUCUGUCGAGAGACCCGCUUGGGUUACCCUUGAGCAGAUCCUUGGGGAAGGGCCACAGUUGCAGAGCCUGGGAGCUAUGGGCGCACUGACCCGCUAUUAACAAGCUCUUUUAACUCGGUGGUUAGUGGCUGAGUUUCUGACACUUUCAGUUUUGGUGCUUUGGU